AUGCCUCGCGAGAACCAAAAACGCGGUCGCCGAGCGACCGAAAAGGCCAAGAAGGAGGAAACCAAACGAAAGCGCGACGAGGGCGUCGAAGAACCCACGACCAAGCGACUAAAGCCCUCAGCGGAAGAGGGCAACGAGAUCACCGCCGGCGCAGACUACAUCCCCCUCGACGGAGGAGAAGAACAGGAUGACCAAGAUGGGACGGGGGCGCCAGAUGAGAUGCCGUUUUACGGUCUUCUCGAUUCCGAAGAGCAGGAAUACUUCAGCAGAGCGAAUGAGAUGCUGGAGCUCAACCAAUUCGGGGAUGCCGAGGAGCGCAGAUUAUUCGUGGACAGUGUGUUCCGGGAGGCUAGAGGGAAGGAAUUGAAGAUUGCUUGCAGUCAGUCGUGCUCGCGGCUUAUGGAGAAGCUGAUCUCGGUAUCGGAUAUCACUCAGAUCCGCCGGUUGUUCAACAAGUUCAUCGGGCAUUUCUUGACGCUUGUACAGCAUCGGUUCGCGAGUCAUUGUUGUGAAAAACUAUUCAUCUGCGCGGCACCAGGUGUAACGCAGAAAAUUCCAAAGUCAAAGGCGAACAGGGACGACGACGAUGUUGACAUGGAUGAAGACGAGGAGUUGGAGCCGGAACUGUCGCUUGCGGAAAUGUUUAUGAAGGUUGUCGAGGAGCUGCAGGGCAACUGGGGAUAUCUAUUGACCGAACGGUUUGCGUCGCAUACAAUCCGAGUGCUGCUCCUUGUGCUUGCCGGUGAACCCGUCGAUGUGUCAAAUGAUUCGGUCGUGGCAAGUCGCAAGAAGGAAAGACUUGGAAUCGUCGGUGGGGAGGCACAGGAGGCAAUUCCCGUCGGAGAAAAGAGGAGUGUCCCGGAGUCGUUUGAGGCUACGCUAAAGAAGGUCAUGCAGGACAUGGUCUCCGUACUUGACGAUACCUAUCUACGAGCUCUUGCGACACACCCCGUUGGAAACCCGGUUCUACAGGUCCUGGUUCGGCUGGAGCUCUCACACUUCGGAAAGUCAAGCGCGAAACAAUCCACAUCCAUCAUCAAAAGGUUGAUUCCGGAUGAGAACUUUGAAGAGGACUCCGAGAGUACGAGGUUUAUCCGCGGGCUGCUCCAUGAUCCUGUGGGUUCGCGUCUUCUGGAGACAAUGGUGCGAUGGAUGCCAGCGAAGAUGUUCAAGUCACUCUACAGGAACUACCUCCGCGAGCAAAUGAGUUCGCUUGCACGUAACCAAACCGCCGGCUACGUCGUUCUUCGAGUUCUCGAGCGGCUAGGAAAGGAUGACUUGCAGGCAGUUGUGGAACAGAUUGUGCCCAAGAUACCCGGCCUCAUAGAACGCUCGCGGACAAUUGUGCCAAAGAUUUUGAUCGAAAGAUGUCUCGUCCGAGGAGUUGAUACCAAGCCGCUCGCGAAGGCUCUCGAAAGCUCAUAUGACUCAGACCCUGCUCGCAGACUUGAACAAAUGCUAAAACUCGAGGCGGCGACAGCCGAUAAAGAGAAGUUGGAGUCGGCAAACAAUGGCUCGGCAGCUGAAUCUAAUCCGGCCUCGGCUGCCGCCGAAAAGCUGCACGGCUCACUGCUCGCACAAACGAUUGUCACAGCUCCCGGGCAAUUGAGCGAACUCGUAUUCUCGAGUCUCCUCGCUUUGUCUUCCGAGGCCUUGCUCAGUAUAUGCAGAGACCCAACGGCGUCGCGCGUUGUUCAACAAGCCCUAUCGUCGCCCGCCUCUACCCCUCAGUUCCGCCGACAGUUCACCACCCGGUUUACGGGCCAUUUGAGCGAGCUUGCACUUGAUAGCAGUGGAUCUCAUGUGGUCGACUCAUUGUGGAUAGCAACUAAGGAUAUCUACUUCGUCAAGGAGCGAAUGGCGCAGGAAUUGGCGCAAAACGAACUGGCCCUUCGCGAUUCCUUUGUGGGACGUGCGGUGUGGAGGAACUGGGCAAUGGAUCUCUACAAGCGACGGCGGGGUGAAUGGGCAGCCAAGGCCAAGGGGAGGGAUCUCAUUAACAACGAUUCUACAGAGAAGCCCAAGUCGCGCCUCGAUAUGGCCCGUGCCAGAUACGCGGCUAAACAGGGCGAGGCCACUGGCGCAAAUGCGGUGGGUGCGAAAGAAUAG